AUCCCGUUAAUUUUGUAGGCAAAUGUGAAUUAGUUUUGCCUUUAAAUUACAGUUUCGUUGAAUUUUUUCUUUUUAUUGAUUUACCUCUAUCGGAAAAAUUUUGAACUAAAACAGCUACCGUCGAGCAAGCCAAGCCGACCACCAUUUUAAGUGGUUUUUGUAGAUUUUAAGUUAUGAGAAUUACGAAUUGAACUAAUCAUGGAAAAACGCGCGUGUAUGCUGCGUGAGAUGAAAAUCUGCAGGUUCUGCCUAACCGAAGAUGAGGCAUUGAGUAAUAUUUACGAGAGGGAUCAAAAACAAUCGGUUCCUUUACCUUUGCAAAUUAUGGCUUGCAUUGGUAUCGAGGUGUUUUCCAAUGAUGGAAUGCCUCAACUUAUCUGUAGCAUUUGCAAGGACCUAACGCAACAAGUUUACAACUUCAAAACUACAUGUAAACAAUCCGAUGACGCUCUAAAAUUGUUUGUUGCGACCGGUAACUUGGUGAAACCCUCCGGUGGUAUUAAACGGUUCUUUACUGGCAACGCAACACCGGAGAGGCCAGCUAAAAGACCCUUAUUAAACGACAAUGCACAAAGUGGGAAAAAUAGGCAGUCACCUGAAAUUGUUACUCUGAACUACUCGUCUCCUAUGGAAAUAAACAAUGAAAUUAGCAUUGUUGCAAUGAACAGUCCAGAAAGGUCGGACUGUAAACCUGAGCAAGACAUAGAGGACCACGAAAUGGGUCAUUUCGAAGAAAUAGUGGAAGAUGUGGAAUGUGAAAAUAGCACUUCAAAUUAUCUCUCUGAAAAUGAAGACGACGAUGAUACUAUAAACCCAAUUUUGAAAGUACCACAAGUUGAGACCGACGUAUUUCCUUGUCCACAGUGUGAACGGUCAUUUCCGUUAAAGCAGUUACUUGAAAUACAUCUUCAGAAUCAUCGUCGUGAACGUAGCUUCGGUUGCGACGAGUGUGGGCGCAAAUUUUUCACCAAGUACGACUUGGGGAAACAUAUUUUAACACAUUCGAGCUUGAAACCGUUCUCCUGUGUUGUUUGUAAUAAAACCUUCUCGCGUGAGUCGUUGUUACAUCGCCACGAGAAGAUUCACAUUGAUGUUCCCAAGUAUUUGUGCACAUUUUGUGAUCGCACGUUUUUAACGAGAGAAGAUUUGGACAUGCACUCAGAAAAGCAUAAGAAGAAGCGACCUUUCGCUUGCCGCUUGUGUAACAAAAGUUUCGUUUUUAAACAAGGGUUGGAGAGGCACGAGUUGACCCACGCCGAUCAGAAACCGCACAAAUGUAAUUACUGCGAGGCCAGUUUCACUUCGCCGAUUAAACUGACUCGACAUAUUACGUCGCAUGCCGGUUUACGACCUUAUCCGUGCAAGUUGUGCGGACGUACAUUUUUACUUAGCCACCAUCUGACUAGGCAUAUGAGAAGCCAUUAUGCAGCCAAAUCGGCGAAUCCGUUUCCUGUUGGUCAGCACAAGUGUGACGUAUGCAGCAUGAGUUUUAGACGUAAAGAUUCGUUAAUCAAUCACAGUGCGAUUCAUUCUAUGGUCAAUCUGAAAUGUGUCAUUUGCAAUACCAGUUUUGAAAGCGCCAAAAUGGUCAAGGAGCAUAUUACGACGCAUUUAUCUGGAUUACCUUAUCCAUGUGACAGAUGUGACUAUUCGUUUGAUACCCAAGAUCAGUUAGAAGAACAUGAAUUGAAACACGCCGAGAUGGAAUACGAAGAUCAAAUCGAAAAAGAAGUGUCUCUUGAAGUUCAACAAUCUUCCGCCAACAUGUCCGAUGAAAAUGAAGACUACAUGUCAGAAGACGAUAGCGAGGUUGCUGAAUUUACAAUAACCAAUCCAGACAAUCCGGAGGUUAUACGAAGAUCGAAGAGAGAAACAAAAAUUAAAAAUUAUGCGCAAUUUCUCAAAGAUGAAUUGGGUUCCGAUUUGGAAGAAGAAGAGCUGCGUGAAGAUCCGUUGGAGCUGGACGAUGAAAUUGAAACGAUUAAACCGGUGGUACGCACGGAAGGAACGAAAGUCUACGCUAGAAAAACUUUGUCUCUCAAACCUAAGCUUCCACCCAUCCUUCAACCGAAUCCUUUAGAAACGGCACCCAUUGACCAAAUUACUCAGCCCCAACUUACGACACUGGAAAACCUGGGGCUUACAAAACAGGCAGUUAACGCUUUGCCCAAUAAGAAAUACGUCGAUAUGAAAAUCGGUGACAAAACCGUUAGGGUGCAGAAGUUAAUGAUGACCAAAGCAGAAAUUGAAGCGAUGGCUCGCGAAGGCAAAAUAGAAAUGAAGGGGAAUACAAUUUUACUAAAAACUACCAGGUCGAUUUUGGAUAUACCCAAAGAGUCCCUCGAACAAAAAUCUCAAUUUGCCAGUUCCAUUGAUAAACAGAAUGCGACCAUGCCAAAAGUAACUGUUCAAAAAACAUACCAGAAAAAGGCAACAAGCGAAGAGCAACCGAUGCAAGGCACGAAUGUAAAUACAAUACCAAAAACAGAAGCAGAAUGAUUUGCAAGUAAAAUUAUUUAACUAGUUAAAGCAUGUUCUUUUUUUUUCGCUUGCUAUUAGAUUCGCAGAUUUACACAUCUAGUAAUUGUAGGUAAUAAGAGGUCUCAUUAAUUUUUUUACAAAAUUAUAUAUUUUAUCUUAAGUGCUGUAAUAUGAAUGUUAUUGAGUAAAUUAUAUAAUCUAAACUAAAA